CGUAGCCAUGGGUUUGAAGGAAGAGUUUGAGGAGUAUGCUGAGAAAGCAAAGACUCUACCUGAGAAGACAACUAAUGAGAGCAAACUCAUUCUGUAUGGUCUUUACAAGCAAGCAACUGUUGGACCAGUGAAUACCAGCCGACCGGGGAUGUUCAAUAUGAAGGAGAAGGCAAAAUGGGAUGCGUGGAAGGCAGUGGAAGGAAAAUCAACGGACGAAGCUAUGAGUGAUUACAUCACAAAGGUGAAGCAGUUGCUGGAAGAAGGAACUGCCUCUACUUGAAUGUUAUUUCAAGGGUCUUGAACUAGAAAAUUAAAUUGGGUGUUUCUUAUUUUGGUGCUGUUAGGCCUUUCAAAUUGUAUGGUAGAUUGUACCUAUAGCUUAUGGAUGUUCUACUCAUUUCCUUGAACUCAGGCAUGUAUAUUUAGCUAGGUUAUGGCUGUACCUAGUUAGAUGCCUCUAUGUAACUUUCACUUGUGGAAUGGCAAUGAAGUUUCUUGUGAUUUUUAUUAAGGAUAAAA